AUGCCGCCGACGUACGAGCCACUCGCAGACAGCCCGGCUGCAGCGCAGCUCGGCAGGCCAUGGCCACGGCGACCGCUCUCGGCAAGGAACCCGUGGUUCCUCGUCGCAUGCAUCCUCACCAUCGUCGCAGUCUCGGCGCACUUUGCCCUUGGCGCACACGGCGACGCAGACACAGGCGCAGGGUACCGCUCGGCGAGUGUGCGGUGGCCGUUCGACGCAGCUGAGCCACACGGCCUCUCGACCCUCGUCGGCGCCUCCAAACUCGCUUCUCGUCCCGGUAAGGCGCAGACCUGCACCGCGCACCAGCUCCUCGAUGCCGUCGCCAGGGCUCGCGUCGAUCCGGCCGGCCCCGCCGCACUCCCGCCAGCGAACGCGACGUUCGAGCCCGCCGACUUUCGCUUCUCGUUCGACCUGCCCGGGUGCUCUCCGCCGCACGUCUACUCGGCCGCCGAGGCGUGCGACUUGCUCGAGAACAGCUUUGGCGGGCUUCUGCUCCGGGGCGACUCGCUCGUCCGCCACCUCGCCAACGCCCUCUUCAUCAUCCUCCGCGGACGCAGGGACGGCGCCAUCACCAAGGGUGAGGCGCGCGAUAUCUGCUGGGGCGACCGCAUGUUUGACGACAAGAAGAACUGUCGCGAAUUCGGCCUUGGCGACUCGCAAGACCCGGCGCUCGACGCGCCCGUGUGCGGCGGAAACGUCUUCCUCCACUACGAAGACCGCGCAUGCCCGUCGUCGCCGACGAGCUACGUCGCCCGCCUCGUCGAGUGGCGCAACAAGAUGCCCUGGUAUCGCAAGGACCUCAGCCCCGUCGUCGUCCAGUCGUUCGGCCUCCACUGCAAGAUGGCUACCUCCGUCUCGCUCCUCGGCGCCGUCAAGCCCCUUCUCAACUUUGCAUCGACCGCGUUCCCCGCACCCCUCCCCCUCUGGCUCGGCAUACACGCUCCAGGUCCGAACAAGCCUGUCCAGUUUGCAGGCGAACAGGGUCCGGCUGCCGUACAGCGGUACAACGCGGCCAUGCGCCGCAGGCUCGACGGCGUCCAGCCCGGAGACCAAGCACUUGCCGAGGGACGGAUGGGCUUCCUCGACUACUUCGGCAUGACCGACGGCGCAAAGAGCUUCGACGGCACGCAUUACAUGUACCAAGUCAAUUUGGAGAAGGCGCACCUCCUGCUCAACUACCUCGACGUUCUUGCAAGGGAGGUGCAGGGCGCAGGCGGACUGUUCAACUUGUCGGACAUCUGCCCAUCCGGAGUGAACGAUUAUCGGUGUAGACAGUAG